AUGCAGUCAGCGUUGAUGGCGGGUGGGCUGACACCGGCGCUGCGGCAACUCAAGGACUGCCGGCACACCUUCCCUUCUAGCAAAUGGGACACAAGGGACAGCCAGGGAGCGCCUCGGCAUGGCCAAGGAUGCCUCACGUGCAAUGGUCCCCGACCGGAGCGCCCAACGGAGCUAGAGCCGAAUAAUGAGACGGGCACAGGCGAUUUCGGUGCUAUUCUCAAUGGCAUUGAAGAGGGGGGGCGGGUUGAAAGGUGCGGGGGGGACUCACGGCCGAAGCUUGUCCCGGGAGCAAUGCUAACCUUUUCGAAUACUGCUGUUGCGGCCGUCAAGGCGUUUGCCGAGGAGGUGCUAGCCGAAGAGGACCCACCACGGCGUGCAACGAAAGCAGCGGCGAUCGUGAAGGAGGCGACAACAGAGGUGUCAUUCGCCAACCGGCGUAAUCAUCCUCGCACCGAAGUUCUUGUGACUAGACUGCAGGCCGUGGUUAGGGGUUGGUUGGCUCGGCGUCUUGCCCGCGUGCUUCUCCUCAGGGGUGGCUGCCGUCGAGAGCUUGACGUGGCCUCGGGAGCGUGGCAGUACGUGUGGAGCCACCGAGCCGCUGUCCCCGGCGCCCCCGGCGCCGCCGCCACCGCGCCCGGCAGGGCGAGCUACGCCGGCGGCAUCGGCGGCGGCGGAUAUCGUUCGCCUGCGUGUGGCGGCGACGGCGGCGAGGGGUUGUUCCGGACGUGGUACCCCCCCGCGCUGCUGAAGAACGAGAGUCUGCCCAGCCCACGGGCGGCCGCGAGAAGGGUGGAGGGGGAAGGGCGGAAGCGGGAGGCCCGGUUGGCUCUCGCCAACUCCUUGCUCGACGAUCAGAGAGCCGAGCUGAACAGACGCGACGCCCGCGCGGCGCGGCUGCUUGCCCUGGUGGAGGUGGUGAAGUUGGUCGAGCGUGCGAUGGCGUCCCUCGAGGAAGCGGCUCUCACCUGCUUCGGUACGGGCAGUGAACCCCUUGCUAUCUCCGUCAAGGUGUUGCAUCCCCGAGGAGGGGAGCCCGGGGACGGAGCGCGGGAGGCCGUCGUGACAGAGAUCAUGUCUGCGUGGCACCGAAUCGAUGCUCAGGUGCGCGAGCAAGAAGAAGCAGCUCGACUACGUGCAGAGCGCACGAACGACAAAGGGAAAUCCCCAAAGACUUCACCGAACCGCGGAGGCGGCGUGAGUGCUAGACGAACGCCCAGGUCGGGCAGCCGAGAGGGUCGCGGGAAGUCUACAGGCAGGAGAGAAGCCAAGCUCUCGGUGCCCACGACCAACGAAAACCUUGCAGCGUUCGAGCAGAUUGCUGCAAGACUCCUUGCACGAAGACGCGUCCGAGGCGGUGGCCUCUCUUCUCCAGAGGAAGCGAGUGCUCGGCUGCAUCCACGAGGCUUCAAGAUACAGGUAUUUCCUCCGUGGGCACUUGCUUCACACAGAUUCAUCGCCCUGGUGCACCGCGGUAGUCUCGUGGCGGUGUCGCAGGCGUCACCCUUUGUGUUUUGGGAAAAUCUGGCGGACAGGAAAAAGACAAACCAACUCAUCGCGGACAUUCUGGGGCCGUUCCUGGAGAACCCCGACCUUCUCAAGGCGGCGUUUGCAGAUGAGCCGGGCGAAAGAGCUUCCGUUCCCGCCACCAAGGCGACCAGCGCUGGUCGAUCCACCACCAAUAAUGCCGUCAGCACCGCACGCGAGACCCCCGGAGACGGGGCAGGCGGCGACGGAGAGCAGUCCACGUCGUCCUCUGUCGCGGAGGCGGGGGACACCGGAGUUCGACAGAUUGGCCGGGAGAACGAAGAAGGCUCCGCAGCAGCAGCAGCAGCAGCAGCAGCAGAUGGCGGGAUGUGGGGGUACAGGUCAAGCUUGUCCUCGAAGGGCUGCUGGAAGAUCGAUGCACGGGCGGUCGCGCGGAGGGAUUCGUCGUUAAAGCUGGGCUUUGAUUCGGUGGCGUUUGACCUUUUCGUCCUCCCGGACGAGAAGAAGGGGGGCAAGAAAGGAGGACAAGAGCCUCCUGCAGCACCAUCGGUAGGGAAGCAGCGUCACGCCACGAGAGUUAACGACCACGAGGAGGAUGAAUCGUCUUCACCUCGCGCGACACGUGCGGUUGUAACCAACGCCGUGCCCUUUCGCCUGGCGGACGGGCUACCCCGAGAGCUCGGCCCCCUUCUGUUCGAAGACACGUCGGACGCCUCUCUCCUCGCGGGAGACGCCGCAGAGGACCAUCCCCAGUCUCGUGGGGCUAAAAGGAAACCCGAACACCCCCGGGUGACAGUUUCGGACCCUGAACUAGUUGGCUCACGACCCGAGGAAGCCGAGGAAGAGACGGAGGAAGAAGAAGGAUAUGAGUGGGAGAGGAAGAAGGAUCCUAGGAGCGCCGGGAAGAUAUUGAGUCACACACGUCGUGGGUCUGGGCCUAGCGAGGCGGCCGUAGAGGUUAGAAUCCGUGGGGAAACGUUGGGCGCCGACCAGCUGGCGAGGGCAGGGUUGCCGCAUGAUUUGUUUAGCCUGGUGGUGGAUGAACGUUUCAAAGUUACCAACGCUGCCACGGCGGGCGAUUCGAAGAGCACAAGGGGGCGGACGAAAGGGAGACGAAAGGAAUAA